AUGGACAGCGCUCAAAUUGUCAACAUUAUUAUUGCUUUGUUUCUUCCACCUCUAGCCGUCUUUUUGGAAAAGGGCUGGGGUACCGAGUGUAUUUUGGAUUUGGUGCUCACCAUUCUAUUCUUUUUCCCCGGGAUGUUGUACGCCUUGUACAUCGUGUUGGCCCAGCACACCUCGAGAUAA